GUUCAUCUCCCCAUCCCCAUUGUGGUCCAUUUCCAAUCGAAACCAAUUUUUACUCCAUUCCGGUUGAUGAACCAUGGUCAAGGCAGAAGCAAUCGCCUCGGAAGGCCCGCGUGAGUGGGAGAUGCUCAAAUAUGCCUCUUCCUUCGCCACAAACACGAUUACAGGCGACGCUCCUUGUUCCGACGCCAUCUUGACCGCUCUCUCACAGCUGGCCGCAUUCCGUCUCCAGGCUCGCCGAGCCGUCAUCUCAUUCUUUGACCGCAAGUACCAGCACAUUGUUGCUGAGGCCACGCAGUCCUCUCCCAUUGGCCCCUGCCCAGACUACGUCGAGGAUCGGCUCUGGCCCUCUGGGGUUAUCCCUCGUGGUGACAGCAUCUGCGAGCACGUCCUUCAGUUUCGGAACCCGAAACAUGCCUGUUUGGAUCACGAUGAGGGACUGGAGGUGUCUGUCAUUCCUGACCUUGCUGAAGAUGCCUACUCGCGCAGCGGGUCAUGUGUCCAAGGACGUCAUCAUCGAUUCUACUGCGGCGUACCUAUCCAAACUCCCAGAGGUUUCAACAUCGGUGUCUUGGGUGUGUUAGAUGACAAUCCCAGGCCUAUGGGUCUGGAUCAGGCUUCCAUCCAACUACUGAGGGAUCUCUCUAGGACCAUCAUGUCCUAUCUAGAAACUCGUCGCGCCACAGAAAACUUCAUUCGCAGUGAGCGCAUGGUGAAUGGACUCAGUCACCUAAUCCGCGGCAAUAACAAUGCUACCGACGACGUUUCCAGCUCCGCACAGCGCGACAGCUGGAUUCGGAAGUUUCAGCAAAACGACUCAUCUAGCAAUCUUGUCUCCGGCAGUCACAUAGUGAAGACAAGUGCAAGCCUACAGGCUAGUUCGGAGUGCUCCAAUGGAGUUACACACAAACUACCCGAGCCUUUCAGCAAGCCAGCGGCUCUGGCUUCCCUAAAUACACCCACAAAUCUUCAGACCGAGACCUCGCAUUUUGUUGACCCCCAGCAAGUUGAGUCGGCAAGCAUGCUCAGCAAGGCCGCCGAAGUCGUCUGUGAAUCACUCAAGGUUGACGGCGCACUCUUCCUCGAUGCAGGCAUCAGCUCUAUUGGGGCUCCCAUCGACCCUGAGCACAAGUCAUUACACUCGGUGAACGAUUCCACAUCGAGCAGCGAGGACAGCUCGGCGGACCACGUCAGCGAUUCCCAGAACAAGAGGCCUUGCACCAUACUCGCCCUCUCAACCACGGAUCAGGCUGUACUCGGCCUGGCCCAGCCAGGCUUGCAAAUAUCGCUCAAUCAGAGGACACUCAAGAGACUGAUUUCCCGCUAUCCAAAUGGCAGGAUUUUCAGCUUCGAGGAGUCGGGUUCGUUGUACUCAGGCGAAUCAUCAUCCGGCGAGGAGACAGACGCUCGUCUUCCCGAUAUCCGAAGUGCAAAGACGGCCCAAGAUAACAGGCCCACUCCCUCGCGCAAGGAUGAAGCCAAGCCCAUUGCGGAGCUACUUGCCGGGGCGAGGAGUGUUGCCUUAAUCCCCCUCUGGGAUCCCUCUCGAGACCGCUUCUACGCUUGCGGUCUCGUCUGGAGCAAGACAGCCGCUCGCAUUCUCACCCCGGAAGCAGACCUCCCGUACCUGAAGGCCCUUGGGAUCGUCACCAUGGCUGAAAUCAACCGGAUCGACAUCACACUCGCCAACAAGGCCAAGGCAGAUCUGCUAGGCACGUUGAGCCACGAGCUUCGUUCUCCACUCCAUGGAAUCUUAGCCGGUGCCGAGCUGUUAGCUGGUACUUCACUCGAUCCGUUCCAGCAGGAAGUUGUACACGCGCUGGAAAUAUCCGGCAAGACGCUGCUUGACACCAUCGAUCACCUGUUGAUCUUCAGUAAAGUGAACACUCUCUCGCGAACGAUCAAGGCGCAAAAGGAGCGUAGAAGACACCGCAGCCCUUUCAGAUCCGAUAAAGACGAUGAGGAAAACAGAACAAAUCAUGGGCCCCAGAUGCAAUCCCUGCUCUCGGAUGUUGCGUUGGACAGACUAGCCGAAGAAGUCAUCGAAACCAUGACCAUCGGCCACAGUUUCCACCACACAGUAAUGCCACAGGGGCCAAGAUGGCUUCCGUCAGAUACGGAUCUUGUCGGCAAGGUACAGAUCACAGUUGAUAUAGACCAUCGCAAGCCGUGGGUGUUUCGGACAGUACCAGGUGCUGUCCGACGCAUUAUCAUGAACAUCUUGGGAAACGCCCUGAAGUACACGCCCCAAGGCCACGUGAAAAUAAGCCUCAAGCAGGAAAAAGGCACCUUGCACAAAGGGCCGCGAAAGUCGACCACUGUAGUCCUCAUCGUGUCGGACACGGGCAAGGGCAUUGGGGAUGAGUUUCUACACAACAAACUCUUCGUUCCAUUCUCCCAGGAAGACUCGCUUGCUGUGGGUACAGGGCUUGGGCUCAGUAUUGUGAAGCAGAUUGUGGCAUCACUCGGCGGCUCCAUUGGCGUUCGAAGCCAUGUCGGCAAGGGCACGACUGUAUCGGUCUCCCUGCCGCUGGCUUACACCGACCCUGGAACCGACAACGUGGGUGAGAUGCAGCCGGCAGAAGAGCCAUUCGGUUUCGAUGGCAGCAUUCUCGACUCUAUACGGGUGGCAACUGUGGGAUUCACCCGCAUCCCGUGUGCUGCUUCCGAGGUCAACAGCUUGGCACAACUCCCGCUGGAAAGUCUGCCUCUUAAGUGGUUCAAUAUCAACCUCUGCGAAGCUGAUGACGGAGAUCCAGCCGCCCCGUACCCCGAUAUCAUCAUUUACAGUGAGGCUGCCUUCAUCAAACUUCAUGAGAAUUCGAUCCACGGCCACCCCUUGCCCGUGGUCGUGAUAUGCCACAGUGCCGGAGAGGCCGUAAGGCUGGACACACUGUUCAGAGAGUCUGCUAAAAGAUCUGUAGUCGAGUUCAUUUACCAGCCGAGUACACCCCGAAAGUUCGGCAGGACCCUGGCCAAUGCUCUCAAUCGCUGGAAGCAGCUCCAAGCGACACAUAACAUAAGUGACACAGAGGGUUCUAGCAACAAUAUUGACGAGUCUCCUCUUCUCGCAUCGGGCUCAGACAGUCAUCGGUCAUGGAAUUGGACGAAUCAAGAACAGUCCAGGGAGAGUGCGCCAUCUGUGAAUAACCAGCCCCGUCAGCAGAUUAACUCGAUUUCGAAUCCCAAUGGGCCGAUCGAAUCUGGGCAUCAAGGGUCUCGAUCCAAACAGACACUCGGAAGCAGCCCAGUCAACUCGGCAAUCGAAGAAGAGUCUGUCCAGCCGCAUUCCCAGUUUCUUCUUGUCGACGAUAACUCGAUUAAUCUGAAGAUUCUCUCCGCUUAUAUGAAGAGAUUGCACAAAAAUUAUUGCACGGCUGUGAAUGGCUUCGAGGCUCUGAAGACUUUCCAACUGAACCCGGAGAGAUUUUGCUGUGUCCUAAUGGAUAUUAAUAUGCCAAUAAUGGAUGGUCUUGAAUCAACGCGGCUCAUCCGCAAAUUUGAGAGGGAAAAUCACCUCAAGCCUGUCACCAUUAUCGCCAUUACUGGUCUCGCGUCAGACAGCGCUAGAGACGAGGCGUUCGCCAGUGGCCUUAACGUCUUCCUGACACGGCCAGUCAGCUUAGGUCAACUGGUGCCAGUGCUCAAGGAAAGGGUUUUUGAUGAGGCGAAGGUCGGAAUAGAGUUGUAAAAGCAAGCUAAUCACGAGUAGAAUUAAUUUACUUAACGAGUAUGAUAUUAGCGUACUUGAUAAGCAUCUGUAUAAUACAAGCGAG